GGGCAGCGGCGGCUCAGAAAGCUGGAGCCUUGACAGCUCCAGAGAACCCGGGACCCGCCGACAGCCGGAGAGACCGACCGAAGGACGUGGGGCCGGCUCGCCGCCGCCGCCGCCACUGGGCGCUCCUUCCUUGUCGCCCGAGUCCGGCCACCUGGUCUUCCCUUCGGCCCCGCCGCCUCAGAUUCAACAAAAUGAAACCAGGAGGCUUUUGGCUGCAUCUCACCCUGCUCGGGGCCUCUCUGCCAGCGGCACUGGGAUGGAUGGACCCAGGAACCAUCGGAGGCCACAACAUGGGUGUGGGGGAGUCACAGAUGGAGGAAUCCAGAAGCUUUGACGUCGCAAGAAGAGAAGGGCUUUCGGGCCACAGCGGGCUGUUGGACUCCUGCCGGAAGAAGUUCUGCAGCCGAGGGAGCCAGUGCGUGCUCAGCAGGGAGACCGGGGAGCCCGAAUGCCGGUGCCUGGAGGCGUGCAGGCCCAGCUACGUGCCCGUGUGCGGCUCAGAUGGCAGGUUUUAUGAAAACCACUGUGAGCUCCACCGUGCUGCCUGCCUGCUGGGGAGGAAGAUCGUCGUGACCCGCAGCAAGGACUGCUUCCUCAGAGGUGACACAUGCACGAUGGCUGGCUAUGCCCGCCUGAAGAACGUCCUUCUGGCGCUCCAGACCCGCCUGCGGCCCCCCCAAGAAGGGAGCAGCAGAGAUGACCCCACCUCCCAGAAGCGCCUCCUGGUGGAAUCUCUGUUUAAGGACUUGGAUGCAGAUGGCAGCGGCCACCUCAGCAGCUCAGAGCUGGCACAGCACAUGCUCAAGGAGCAGGACCUGGAUGAAGACUUACUCGGCUGCUCUCCAGCUGACCUCCUCCGAUUUGACGACUACAACAGUGACAACUCCCUGACCCUCCACGAGUUCUACACAGCCUUCCAGGUGGUUCAGCUCAGCCUCGCCCCUGAGGACAGGGUCAGCAUGACCACUGUGACCGUGGGGCUGAGCACAGUGCUGACCUGUGCUGUCCAUGGAGAUCUGAGGCCACCAAUCGUCUGGAAACGCAAUGGACUCACCUUGAACUUCUUGGACUUGGAAGACAUCAAUGACUUCGGAGAGGAUGACUCCCUGUACAUCACCAAGGUGACCACCAUCCACAUGGGCAAUUACACCUGCCACGCCUCGGGCCACGAGGAGCUGUUCCAGACCCACGUCCUGCAGGUGAAUGUGCCACCAGUCAUCCGCGUCUACCCAGAGACCCAAGCACAGGAGCCCGGAGUGGCCGCCAGCCUGAGGUGCCAUGCAGAGGGCAUUCCUGUGCCCAGAAUUACAUGGCUGAAAAAUGGCAUGGAUGUCUCAGCCCAGAUGUCUAAACAGCUCUCCCUUAUAGCCAAUGGGAGCGAACUCCACAUCGGCAGCGUUCGGUACGAAGACACAGGGGCAUACACCUGCAUUGCCAAAAAUGAAGUGGGUGUGGAUGAAGAUAUCUCCUCACUCUUCAUUGAAGACUCAGCCAGAAAGACCCUUGCAAACAUCCUGUGGCGAGAGGAAGGCCUCAGCGUGGGAAACAUGUUCUACGUCUUCUCCGACAAUGGCAUCAUGGUCAUUCACCCCAUGGACUGUGAGAUCCAGAGACACCUCAAACCCACAGAGAAGGUUUUCAUGAGCUAUUCCAUAGGUGUGGACCCUCUGCCAGCUAAGCUGUCCUAUGACAAGUCACAUGACCAAGUCUGGGUCCUGAGCUGGGGAGAUGUACACAGGUCCAAAACAAGCCUCCAGGUAAUCACAGAAGCCAGCACUGGCCAGGGCCAGCACCUCAUCCGCACACCCUUUGCAGGAGUGGACGAUUUCUUCAUUCCCCCAACAAACCUCAUCAUCAACCACAUCAGGUUUGGCUUCAUCCUCAACAAAUCCGGCCCCGCGGUCCACAAGGUGGACCUGGAAACACUGCUGCUCCUCAAGACCAUCGGCCUCCAGCAGCACAGCUGCAUGCCGCAGGCCAUGGCGCACACCCACCGAGGCGGCUACUUCUUCGUGCAGUGCGGGCAGGACAGCUCUGCUCCCACCACCCGGCAGCUGAUCAUCGACAGCGUCACGGAUUCCGUGGUCGGCCCUAACGGUGACGUGGCAGGCACCCCACAUGUGUCCCCAGACGGGCGCUUUGUGGUCAGCGCUGCUGCCGACAGUCCCUGGCUGCAUGUGCAGGAAGUCACCACGCGAGGGGAGAUCCAGACCCGGUACCGCCUGGAAGUGCGGCCGGGCAUCUCGGACCUGGCCUUCCAGCGCUCCUUCACCGAGGCCAACCAGUACGACGCGUACGCCACGCUGGCGCGGGGGCCCGGCCUGCUCUUCCUGGAGCUGCCCACCGGCAAGGCGGCCGUGCUGAAGGACCUAAAGGGGCCGCCCACGGGGCCCAGCCGGCCCUGGGGGGGACCCCGAAGGAUCCUGAGGGACAGUGGGCUGUUCGGACAGUACCUCCUCACCCCGGCCCAAGAGUCACUGUUCCUCGUCAAUGGGAGACAAAAUGCACUGCGGUGUGAGGUGUCGGGCAUAAAAGGGGGGACCACGGUGGUGUGGGUGGGCGAGGUAUGA